CAUUUCAGAAAGAAUUUAACCUCAAACUGAAAAUGAUCUAAAUCUGAAUUCCUGACUCGUCUCAAUUUUCUUUAGGAAUUGCUUACAUUACUCGUGUCAAUGCUUCAUUGUAAGCUUACCUCUUCUAUACUCUACCUUCUCGUAGCCUAUAUAUAUAUAUAUAUAUAUACAAACAGCAAUUGUUCAUUCAGAUCAAUACUUUGUCGUUUUCUAAUCAUCCAUCUCCUUCAAUUCAAGUAAAGUACCAAACUUGUAAACCCAAAAUUUUUCUCUUUCUCUCUCGAUCCCUCCUCCAUUUUCACCAUGGUGCUCGAGGCAACGAUGAUCUGUAUUGAUAAUUCGGAGUGGAUGCGGAAUGGUGAUUACGGUCCUUCUCGAUUUCAGGCUCAGGCCGAUGCUGUUAACCUUAUUUGUGGAGCUAAAACUCAGUCUAAUCCAGAGAAUACAGUGGGAGUUUUAACAAUGGCAGGCAAAGGUGUUCGUGUUUUGGUCACUCCCACAAGUGAUCUUGGCAAAAUCUUAGCUUGCAUGCACGGCUUAGAAAUAGGUGGUGAAAUGAACUUGGCAGCUGGGAUUCAAGUGGCUCAAUUGGCGCUUAAGCAUCGGCAAAAUAAAAAGCAGCAGCAAAGGAUUAUUGUCUUUGCUGGAAGCCCUGUCAAACAUGAGAAGAAGACAUUGGAGAUGAUUGGAAAGAAGUUGAAAAAGAACAGUGUAACGCUUGAUAUUGUAAAUUUCGGUGAAGAUGAUGAAGGGAAGACAGAGAAGCUCGAAGCGCUUCUUGCUGCUGUUAACAAUAAUGAUACUAGUCACAUCGUUCAUAUUCCUGCUGGUCCUAAUGCUCUUUCCGAUGUACUUCUAAGUACACCCAUCUUCACUGGGGAUGGGGAAGGUGGAAGUGGUUUUGCAGCUUCGGCAGCAGCAGCUGCAGCUGGUGGCAUCUCCGGUUUUGAGUUCGGUGUGGAUCCCAACCUUGAUCCUGAACUGGCCCUUGCUCUCAGAGUUUCAAUGGAAGAGGAGAGAGCCAGGCAAGAAGCUGCUGCUAAAAAGGCGGCAGAAGAGUCAUCGAAACAAGAAAAGGGUGGGGAAGAACAGGAUGCAACGAUGACAGAACGUGCUAGUGAGGGAGAUUCAGAAGCUGAUAAUAAGAAAAAUGAAUUUUUGAUACAACUGACCUCAAGUCUGUUACCGGAUGAUGACAAUACGUUACUACAGCAGGCUUUUGCAAUGUCGAUGGAUGAGCCUGCCUCUAGCCAGGAUUUACAGGAUACUGAGAUGUCAGAUGCAGCUGCUGAGGAUCCAGAGCUGGCAUUAGCUCUUCAAUUAUCCGUGCAAGACAGUGCAAAAGAUUCAUCUAGUCAGGCAGACAUGAGUAAGUUAUUGGCAGACCAGUCAUUUGUAUCCUCCAUCCUUGCAUCGCUUCCUGGGGUAGAUCCAAACGAUCCUUCAGUUAAGGAGGUGCUUGCUUCCAUGCAAAGCCAAUCUGAGCCCCAGCAGAAGCAAGAUGAGGAUAAGGCACCAAAGGAGGAAGACAAUAAGUGAUGUUUGUUUGGAUUCGUUUUUCUUUCAGAUUUGUUGUGCAGAUAUGGAAGCUCUUCAUGGUUACCACCAGGAUGGAUGUUGAUGGUUAUUAUUUCGUUUUUGAAGGCCUUUGUAAAAACAUAUGUUAUUUUCAUUGAAAUGCAUCUCAUUCAUGUUUCCAGUAAUAUUAUAUAUAUAUAUAUUGUUCUAGUACAGAUUUUACUAUAUUAUCAUACAACUUAUUUGCAGUGAAA